AUGGCGACUAAAACAUUAGCCCCUCACAGCCUCGAAUCCUUAAUAGGGAGUGAGACCUUUCGAUUAUACUGUAAGGGUUUGGUGAGUGAAGAGGUUAUUAAGGACGAUGAUAAGCAGAUCGGUGACGUUCCAUCUGAUGACAAGUUUGAGGUACAAGGUUGUUUGCACCGCUUCUGCGUUGAAUGCAUUAGGAAACACGUCCAAACGACAUUAAAACGUUGGAAGCCAGCAGACUGUCCAGCCUCGGGUUGCAACUCAGAGCUUGAGGCAGAGGACUGUGAAGGCUUUUUGGGUCCUGACGAGCUUGCUACUAUGACCAAGCGCAAGAGGGAGAGCAUGAUCAAGUUUUCAGAGAGAGUGUAUUGUCGGGAAUGUAACACUUUAAUGGCAAAGCAAAGCCUCCUUGAAUACACUAGUUCGUUCUUCGAUGGUGCUGAGCUUUCAGGAGCAAGAAAGUGCAUGGAGUGUCACAUUUGGUUCUGCAUAAACUGCGGUACAGGAUGGCACUGUAACAUGACAUGUGAUGAAUACCAAAAGACAGAGUCUUAUAAGACAUCUUUUAAGGCAAUGUAUCUGUCUCAUGCUGAGAGUGAGGGAUGGCAGAGAUGCAGAGAGUGUAACGACAUGAUUCAACUUGUUGAUGGUUGCAAACAUAUAACAUGCAGAAUCUGCAAAUUCGAGUUCUGCUACACUUGUGGUGCUGAGUGGAGGAACAAAAAGGCGACAUGUGACUGCCCUCUGUGGGAUUAA